AUGUUUUUUUUUUUUUCCUUUUUUAAAUUGUUUGUGGCGUGCAAAGGUAACGCGGCGCCUUCUGCUGCUACAAAUACGAAGCAAUUCAUGUCGACAAAAAAGAAGUACGUGAGGGGACUACAGUCAGGCGGUGCGGUGACGGAGGAGGCUGGUGCCGUACUGACGGCCGCUCUCAAUUCAAACCUCCGUCACAGAUGCAAAGAAUUUGCCGCUCGUCCCGCACAGAGCCGAGUGGUUAAUUUGAAUUGCCUGCGACCGCAUGGUGCUCUGCAAGAGGGGGAUUUUCCUGCCUUGACGAGGUCGCCUGAAACUCCUGAAUCACUCUUGGAGGACAUUGCGGUAAUGGUCAAUGCCUCGCAGAAACUUCUUCGCCGUAGUCCAGACUUUCAGCUUAUAACGCCUUUGACGGACGCUGUGGAUGUAUUGCGGGCGACGGCGUUUCGACAAAAGUGGAUUGACACCGUCGCAGCAACAUGCAGGAGUGCGAUGGCGUAUCCAUUCACUGAAUUUCGCUUUCUGUCACCCUUGCCUCGAGGCUAUUCGACAGGAGUUUCUGUUGCCGCUGAAGGAGAGGUGGUCCAGCGAUGUAUACAGACGGCUGAGACCAUUCAACGGAUUUUUCGGGUAUUUGUGAAUGCUUCCAACAGUGGCCAGUGGCAGUUUCAGCAACUCCUGUACCACGGCCUGAGAAAUGAAAAAAAAUCCGCAGAGGGAUUAGUCUCCGUCAACUACAAUAGUCGUCACAUCACCGUGUGUUGUGGGUUCUUUUACUAUCGUGUGGAAGUACUGGAUGAAGAUGGGUUUGUGCUGGAUACGGUGAUGAUUGCAGAGCGUCUUUGGGCCGUUCAACAACACGCAGACCGAAAUGAACGUGAGAUUUGUGAACACAAAUUAUUACCCGAUGCACGGGAGGAUCUCUUUGCGUUCUAUCAACUUUUGGGCUCCCUGACAGAGAUUGACGGUGUGGAAUGCGCCGCAGUCUGGGAACGCUUGAAGAACACCGAACCUGCCAAUGCGGCUUCUCUUGCCGGCAUUGACACAGGUAUAUUCACGGUGAUUCUCCGAACUCUCGACAAUAAAUCCGCUUCUGCCCGUUGGUACCGAAGUGCACUUGUGCUCGAAGAGAGGGAGGAGAAGGGUGUGCUGGCGGUGCGUGGACACUCAAUUUUGAUCCACGCUGAUGAUCUUCUGGAAUUCCUCAUGCGGGUCCUUUGCUGGGAUGAUGCCGCUGGCGGCAUGAGCGACAAAAACAACAGCAACAAAGAAGGUGAUUCCCUCGGCGCCGGGAGCGUUUUCAAUAGUGAUGGCAACCUCCCACCAGGCGUGGAACAUUUGGAUUUGUGGCUGCCAUGGAAGCACCGUAAACCGAUGCGACCUUAUGCAGUGGUCAAACCUCCUCCACAUGUGUUUCCACUUUCCAUUUCAAGGGGGGAUAACAUCCCCUUUGCAUAUCUUUGCAUGGCCGCUGUUCUUGCGGUGCAACGGGUUUUAACUCCCUUUACCGAAUUUCCAACAGUUUUGGUUGUCUUUCCUAACAGAAGAGGAGAUCUUUCUGCCGCCCUGAUGUAUUCUUAUGAAGUCGAGGAAUUUAUUCGCUCCUUUUGCGGUGGAUCUGCACUGGUGGAGCGGCGAGCAAAAAGAUAUUUAUUCCUUAAAGCUGUACAGAGCCUAGCAGGAAUGAUUGAUGCCUGUUUUCAUGAACCAUACCCCUACUAUUCCAUGGCAAAGUUGCUUCUUAAGGAGGGAAAGGCGAUUGGAACAGGUACUUUUGCGGAUAACGCCAUUUUAGGUACGGUGGAUCUUUAUGUUACAGUUGGCAUGUUAGGCCCAAGCAAGAAGGUGCUGGAUUUUGAAACAAGUUUUCUCUUACCCUCACGGUUUGCGCUCAUUUGCAGUGCAUCAGCAAAUGUCUCACAUAAAUCAUCUGCAAAGCGUCCAUCGGAUGCUCAUUUGAUAUACGCCUCGCUGAGGGGGUCUGAGGGGAAUGAAGAGAUGUCAAUGGGAGCACAACUAGCGGAGUGCAUAACGGAUAACAUUCAGGAGUUGAGAUCACUGGUUCUUAACGGAAACUCAAUGUAA